GUUCUGCUGUGUGGUCAGCUGGGCCGAAUGGAAGUGGCCUUCUGUAGUCACUGAGUAAUAUACUUUUAAUCAUUCGGAUAAUUACUAAUUUUAAUUGAGCAGUGUAGCUGAGUUAACCACGAAAGCACUAAAAAUGACAGGAACACUUUUGCAGUGCGGAAGCCGCUUGCUACAACAGUUGCAUCUGAGGGCUAUUGCAACGAACUCUGUCGUUCACAUGGCAGCACCCGUUGCCGGUUCUCAAACCUUCGACAAACCCGUUCAUAAAAAGCGAUUCACUAUUUAUCGUUAUAACCCCGAGGAGAAGAAUUCCAAGCCACGUAUGCAGACCUAUGAGGUUGACCUGAACCAGUGUGGUCCGAUGGUGUUAGAUGCGUUAAUUAAAAUUAAAAACGAGAUGGAUCCGACUCUCACGUUCCGAAGAAGCUGUAGGGAAGGGAUUUGCGGCUCAUGCGCGAUGAACAUCGGCGGUAAAAAUACCCUUGCAUGCAUCUGUAAAAUUGAACGCGAUUCUAAAGACUUAAAGAUCUAUCCGCUGCCACAUAUGUACGUGGUGAAGGAUUUGGUGCCCGAUAUGUCUCUAUUUUACCAACAAUACCGCUCGAUAGAACCUUGGCUGCAGAAGAGCGCCCAAACAAAUUAUGGGGAGAAGCAAAAUCUUCAAAGUAUUAAGGACCGGGCGAAGCUGGAUGGGCUUUACGAGUGCAUUUUGUGUGCGUGUUGCUCUACUUCAUGUCCUUCGUACUGGUGGAAUCCAGACAAGUAUCUUGGACCCGCCGUUCUUAUGCAGGCAUACAGGUGGGUUAUCGACUCAAGAGAUGAGAAGUCAGCUGAGCGCCUGAAGCGGCUGCAAGAUCCAUUUAGUGUCUACCGUUGUCACACCAUCAUGAAUUGCACUCAGACUUGCCCCAAAGGUCUCAACCCCGGACGAGCGGUCGGUGAACUCAAGAGGCUGAUGGCUGGCCUCGCUAAAAAGGAGACCCCACAGCUUAGUGGAACUGCAUAAUUACCUAAAACUUACACCGUCUCGCAUCAUCCUGGCAAAACGUUUACAGCAUGACGACCUAUGGAGAACUUAUAAAGAUUCGACUCUCUUGCAGUGAGCAACAACAAGAAUCGUAACAGAUCUGUCUGUAACUAAAAAAUAGGCAGGAAAGGCGCAACAUUUGUAAUUAUUAUUAAAGGCGGUAAAAAGUAGAUCUCUGUGACCAUCUUCAUGACAACAGUGGUUUUUUGUUGUUUAAACGUAGGGUCUUCAGCAUAAUCUUUAUAAUCUGAGAGACGCCCGGCUUGUUACGGGGAAUCUAUCGCAUACGAAGAAAAUACAUUUUUGAUGCAGAUGUUCUUCCGCGCGUGGGCCUCAUGUCUGUACAUAACAUCGGUAUUUGUGCCGUCGACGACGAAAACAACAAUAUAAUAAUAAUAAUAAAGGUGACGCCGCUACGGCAACCUAAGUAAAUAGAAUACUGAAAGGAAAUGCGCGCAGUUAUGGAUGUAGCGUUAUAUAAAAUGAAGAAGCAAAGGUUGGUUUGAAAACGUUAGAGGGCAUGCGAGAUAGACAUAGCUAAAACCGCCAUACAAUUUAGGUAGUUCAACUACAGUAGAACAUAAUCAAUAGAUAUUUAUAUUUUCCAAUUUAUUAAAAGGAAGAAACAUAUUGGCAAACAUGAUCAUUGACAAUACAGAUUAAUCUCCGUAACGUUUGGUG